GUCUAUGGUUUUUUUGUUGUUGAAUUUACGUCAAUCAUACAACGACGAUUAUGUUUCUUAACCUAUGGAUCAGUGAAAGUUUGAUGCAUGGUAGAAGUUUAGAACUAGCCUUUCAAUGAUGUCAAAGCCUUCCUUGUUUAGGAAGGAGAGAGAAAUUGUAUGUUUGCAUGUAGACGAUAUAUGAUUUUAAGAAAACUCGAACUAAUCAUGUUCAUCAGUCGACUUUUCGAAUUCAUCCACACUUCUUUUUAGUUAUAAUUAAAAUUUUGAGGUUCGUUUGGUAGUCAAACAAAAGUAUGUGGACGGUAACCGAAAUUAAUUUGAGGUAGAAAACAAAAUAAAAGCGGAAACCUCUCUAAACCCCUACAUCCAACGGUCAAUAUUCCCUCUCCGCCAACCCGCGAUCUAAUCCUAGCCGUCAGAUACCUCCUUAAUAAAACCUUCCUCUCUAGUCUUCUCUUUCUCUCCUUUUUCCCUCUUUUCCUGCUCCCUACACUUAGCUCCGCCGCCACUCGACUUCCAUCUCGUCCUCUGGGGAGCCUCUUCUUGAGCCGGCCGCCGGUCGUUUCCUACCUCUGUUGCAGAAGCGGUCUUCCGCGGCUAUCAGAUCGGCAUCUCGUCGUUUCUUGCCCAAUCUCGUUUUGUCUCGGAAAUCCUCUUGCCAGGUUCAGUUCAACUUCAAUCCUCUUUAAGUGGGCGCUCAGCUCAGUAAUAGCUUUGAAAUUUGAGUGGAGCAGGUGAAUCAGUUGCUUGAAAGGCUUUGUCGAUUGAUUUGUGCAGAUUUAGAGUGUUGCUCGCUGUGCUGUAGUUGGCGUUUAAGAAUUUGGAUGGGUUUUGUUGGGUGCAAGCGUUCUGUUAGCAAUCUUCGAUCCCGAAAUUUCGCUUUUCGGAAUAAGAUUUUGCUGGGAAGUGGGAAAUAUCACUUUCUGAGGGCAGUGGAUGUAUAAUCUGAUGCUUCUCUCUUUUUAUUUUGUUGAUGUCUGUUUUACUGUUCUACUAAUUAUUGAAAAGGGAAUCAGAAUGUUGAUAAUUGGAGAGUACUAGUUGAUGAGGGACCAUGGAAAGUUUAGAAGAGGGCGCAGUUUUUGCUUGUGUUCUUUUGCUUUCAUCUUUUAAUCUCAACCAACACCUUUUAUAUUGUCUUUCCUUCUUAUUCCUCUUCUUCUCCUGCUAUCUUUUUCAUCUUGCAGGUGCGUCUUCAGCUGAAUUGGUCUCUAUUUGAAUCAGGAUUCUGGAAGUUGGGAAGCAAAGGAGGGCAGGAUGGCCGAUGAAGGAUUGAGCCAGCGGAUAAAAGAGUAACCUUUCUUUGUGGUUUAGCUGACAUGUGAUUGAAUUGUUCUUAGCUACCAUCUAAUUUUGCUUUUUGGACUCAGGGACAAUCCUCAGGAAGCAUCAGUCCUGAAAGAAAUGAAAGGAGGGUUGGAUUUGGUGAGAAGUAAAGUUGAAAGCUUGACUGCUAAGGUAAAGGGUUUUAGGUUUUGAGGAUAUUACUUUUGAAUGGUGGAGUUGCGAGGAGUCUUACGCUGUGAAUGAAAGUUCAAUUGAAGUCCUCCCCUGAUGAUUUAACUUCUUCUUGUUGAUAAUGAAUGUUUUUACCCCUUCUGGAUGAGCAGGUAAAAGCUAAUAAUUAUCCUACAACUGAUGGGAUAAGCUACCUAGAGGCUAAAAAUUUGUUGCUUCUUAACUAUUGCCAAUCACUGGUGUACUACAUACUUCGUAAGGCAAAGGGUUUGUCAGUUGACAAUCACCCUGUUGUUCAAAAGCUUGUCGAGACGAGGUUGUUUUUGGAGAAGGUAUGUUCAUCUUUGUCUCCCUUUUAUGCUUCUUUGUUCACUUGAUGAAUGUUUGUUGCAGAAAUGGGGAUAUCAAUUUGUGAUGUUUUCUUAACAGUUAAUAGGAAGUAUUUUGAUGUAUUAGAAAAGAAACAAGAUAAACUUAAUUCGCAUUCAACAUUUUGUCUUAAGAAUUUUAAAAAGAAAUAAAAAUAACUAAGAUGAUUAAAUUAACGUGUGAUUGCUAAGCAGCCCAACUAGCUAAGUUUCCAGUCACGAACCGUUUCAUUUAACCGAACGAGGGUUCGAAACCAGCUCACCUCAUUAUAUCGUUCUUUUUAUUUUAGAGAAAGGGGAAGGGCAAUUUUGUAAUUGCAAAUAAAUAGGCAGAAGCCCUAGGGUCAAUUCGGUCUUUUGAAAAGUCGAGGUACAUGGCCGCCCUCUCAUUCUCGCCUCUCUCUCUUCCUCUCGAUCCUUCCACUUCUCUCUUCCUCCUCCAGAAUCAAACUCCAUAGACCGAAACCCUAGCCUGCUCUCUUCAAACCGUCGCCAUCUUCUUCUCCUCUCACUCUCUCGUCUCUCUUCCACCAUAGACCGAAACCCUAGCCCCCAAUCGCCGUCGCUCUCUUACCCUCUCAAUCCGCCGUCACUCUCGAGAUAAAACGCUGCUCGUGUUCGCAAACGAGAGAGCUGCUGCUGUGAAACCAAGAUUCGUGAUUUCUUCUUCAAAGGUGAGAGCCCGCUCUAGGUUUUUUCAGUUUCAUCUGGUUCCCGUUUCAAUUAGUUCCCUGUUUGUGAUUAAUUCACCAUUCUAGGGAUUUUUAUUUCUCGGCCUCAGCUUGUAGAUUGGUUUUCAGCUAGGGUUUUUUUAUUAUACGCGGCUUCUUUCUGAGAUUUAUGGCGGUAUGGGUCUCAUCCGAGUAAUUUGAUUGAUCCGUUCCUUGCCUCGCUGGUAAUGUAGUUUUUGUUUUCAUGGGUGCUGCUGCUUAGGAUCUUCAUUGGCAUUGUCGACAUAGUUGCGUGGCUUGAGGGGGAAAAAACAGAUCUUUGUCUGGAAAAUUAUUUUUAAGGUUAGGUGCUUUGUGAAGGGGGAGUGAAGUCUGUGUCUUUACAUUGUAGUGAGACUAUUGUGCUACAGAGAGAUUUAUUAGGACUCAAUUAGACCGUUUUAUGUUAUUAUUUUAGGGAGAACUUUCGUAUUUGUGAUCUGUGUGGAAUGAAGUAUGUAUCUGCCAUAGCUGAAGGCAUUGCAGGUGCGUCUUCAACUGAAUUGGUCUCAGAAUCAGGAUUCUGGAAGUUGGGAAGCAAAGGAGGGCAGGAUGGCCGAUGAAGGAUUGAGCCAGCGGAUAAAAGAGGACAAUCCUCAGUUAGCAUCAGUACUGAAAGAAAUGAAAGGAGGGUUGGAUUUGGUGAGAAGUAAAGUUGAAAGCUUGACUGCUAAGGUAAAAGCUAAUAAUUAUCCUACAGAAGAUGGGAUAAGCUACCUAGAGGCUAAAAAUUUGUUGCUUCUUAACUAUUGCCAAUCGCUGGUGUGCUACAUACUUCGUAAGGCAAAGGGUUUGUCAGUUGACAAUCACCCUGUUGUUCAAAAGCUUGUCGAGACGAGGUUGUUUUUGGAGAAGAUACGACCAAUUGACAAAAAACUUGAAUAUCAAAUUCAAAAGCUCACAAAAGGUGCUUCACAGCCUGUGGAUCAAGUAAAUGUCAAUAGCAAUACAGAUGCUCCUAGGAAUUCAGAGGAUCUUUUGAAGUAUCGUCCCAACCCUGAUAUGCUUAAUAACAAAUCUGUGGUCGCCUCUGGGGAUACUGUUGGUGUAUAUCGGCCACCAAAAUUGGUCCCAGUAGAAAUGGAAGGUGGCAGAAUAUCGAGGGAAAAAAGGAAUGAAGUGAGAAAAGAGAAAGAGAUGGUUAGACGGUCAAGACUGGGCUUCCAAAAAGAUUUGUUUGAUGACUUGCAGGGGAAGCCUGAAGAGGUUAAAGAAUCCUUUGGAAACGAGAGUAGGGAGUUUGAAAAAUAUCAGAGACACUGGGAAGCACGUGAGAAAGAGGAAGAAGACCAAUUCAUCCGUGCGCCUAUCACAAAGAAGGAGAAGAAAGAGUUGAGGAAUUUAAAGAGGUCAAGAGGCGGGUUGGAAGGUUUGACUGAUGGUUUUGAUAUCAAAUUCUUACCAUUGGAUGAUGGUGCUGGUGAACAACAGAAAGCUAGAAAUGGCAAUGUUGGAAUGAGGAAGCAUAAGAAACACAAGAGGAGGCAUUGAGCACAAGAAAAGCUGAGAUCCCCAGGCCAGUGUUGUGCUACGUUUGUAAGAACAAUUCACAUCUAGCGAAUGUUUAUUGGGCAAGUGACUUGGGAAAGGGAGUUUUAAUGCUAAGCAGAGUCCUAUUUUUGCAGAUGGGCAUACUUGAACCUGCUGGGAAUCUCAUUUCUGGUUCUUAUAAUUUUGCAAGUUCAAGGCCAGGCCAAAAGGAUAAGCGUGCAGUCAAUUGCGUUAACUUACCAUCAUUAAACCAAACUGUAAUCCAGUUUUGUGAGUGAGAGUUUCAAAUUCAAUGCAAAUUUUGAAUUUUAGUUUAUCAUAUUUAAUUUGGUUACCUACCGGCUCGUAACUGCUCUGCUAACCCUUCAGUUGUUAGUAUUGUGCAAAUGAUGAGUUGAACUAGUCGGCGUUGGGGUUACAAUUAUAAAAAAAUGACUAUAGUUUC